GCCGGGGAGCCGGGACUGGCCUCCUGGGCGCCUUGUAGUCGGAUCCAGAUGAGUGGAUGCCAUUGGCUCGUGGAGUGGCCCAAGAAAGGACCCAGAAGGCUGCCCCGGUGCUCCAUGCCCCACCAUCUGCAUGUGAGGCCAUGAAGUGCCAACUGGACCAGGUCCAGAUGGGGAAACUGAGGCCUGUGGAGUCAGAGUGGCUGGGCCCCAGCCACAUAAGAAGUCCUAGCAGAUCUGGGGUUCAGCCCCUGGCCACCUGGCAGCCCUGCUGCACUGAGCCCUUCUGCUCUCCCAGACCCCAACCCUUCUGGACCUUCCCGCUUCUGCUGUGGACACUCCUGAACUGUGGUUUGCGGGGCAGUGCUCAGGGUCCGGCUGAGUGGACUCUGUGGGGUUCCUGGAGUGGCUGCUCUAGCACCUGUGGGCGGGGCGUCUCCGUGCGCAGCCGGCACUGCAUCCGGUUUUCGGAGGAAGAGUCAUGCUGGGGGGACACCCACGAAUACCGUCUCUGCCAGUUGUUGGACUGUCCCCCAGGAGCUGUGCCCUUCCGAGACCUCCAGUGUGCCCUCUACAAUCGCCACCCUCUCCAGGGCACACAGAAGACCUACCAAUGGAUACCCUUUUACGGUGCACCCAACCAGUGUGACCUCAACUGCCUGGCCGAGGGGCACGCCUUCUACCACAGCUUCGGCCGCGUGCUGGACGGCACCCCCUGCGGCCCAGAUGCCCAGAGACUCUGCGUGGCCGGUCGCUGUCUUGGCGCCGGGUGCGACGGCUUCCUGGGCUCGGACGCCCGCGAGGACCGCUGCGGCCGCUGCGGCGGCGCCAAUGACUCGUGCCUCCUCGUGCAGCGCGUGUUCCGCGACGCCGGUGCCUUCGCGGGGUACUGGAACGUGACCCUGAUCCCUGAGGGCGCCAGACACCUCCGCGUCACGCAGCGGAGCCGCAACCACUUGGCCCUGAUGGGGGGCGACGGGAGCUACGUGCUGAACGGGAACUGGGCCAUCAGCCCUCCCGGGACCUACGAGGCGGCGGGCACCCACGUGGUCUACACUCGAGACCAGUCCUCGCAGGAGACCCUGAGCGCAGUGGGUCCCACGUCCCAGCGCCUGUUCCUGCAGGUCCUCCUGCGGGAGCCCAACCCGGGCAUCCAGUUCGAGUUCUGGCUCCCUCGGGAGCUCUACGGCCCCUUCCAGGCACAGACACAGGCUCUGGGGUCCCUUCGGCAGCAACGGCUUCAAGAGGUAGAGCCUCAACCCCUUGUGACCCCCACAGUCCCUGCUGCCAUCCCCUCACGGACCACGAUCCCUGCCCCAGACCCCUGCCCACCCUGCCCCGACACCCGCGGCCGUGCCCACAGGCUGAUCCACUAUUGCAGCAGUGACUUUGUGUUCCGCGCCCAGGUGCUGGGCCUCCUCCGCCAGCCCCAUGAGACCCGCUAUGAAGUGCGUGUGCAGCUUGUCUACAAGAACCGCUCCCCACUGCGGGCCCGCGAGUACUUGUGGGCCCCAGGUCGCUGCCCCUGUCCACAGCUGGCCCUCCAUCGUGAGUACCUGCUGGCUGCCCAGCGCAUCGUCAGCCCCGACGGAACUCAGGAUCGGCUGCUGCUUCCCCACUCUGGCUAUGGUCGGCCCUGGAGCCCCGCUGAGGACAGCCGGAUACGACUGGUCGCCCGGCACUGCCCUGUUUGAACCCCCAGAUGAAGCCCCAUUGCCACACAAGGAAAAUGUGCCUGACCCGACUCAAACUCAACAUAUACCCCUUUUUGCCCUGGCUUCCCGGGAACUCAGAAAUAUCUCCCAUUUGCAGCUAUCUGAUUCCCAGCCACAAGUAGACACCCCUGCACACAGUCAGCCUCACUGUCGUGAACAGAUACUGGCCCACAAGUGAGAACACACUGAAUAGGCUUUAAUUUCCCCUCUCACCCCGGCUACCCAGAAACUCACAGUUAUUUUACACUCAGAAACUGUAUGUUUGCUUGUAUUCCCUUCACACUCACUUGUUUAGAGAUACUGUCACAAACAAGCAUGGCCUAGAGGAAGAUGUGUCUAACAAGACAUUGUAAUAUAUCAGUUUCCCUUUUUGCCCUGGCUAUCAGGCAGCUUGUCACUGUUUAAUUCCAUGAUACACUGUUCUGUUUCUCAUUGCCUCUUACACACACCUUCACAUAUUCUUAGGUAUUGUUACAAAGAGAUGUGUACCCACUCCCAUGUCAGAAGACAUGUCUGACCAGGCACUAUAAAAUACAAAUUUCCCUUUUUGCCCUGGCUACCAGGAAGCUCGUAUGUCAUCUCAAUAGCCUCAGCAAUUCUGGCGUGUCAGCUGGAGCCAACACUGGGUUUCCGCCAAUCAACAUUUCUGUUCACCCCUUAAUUCCUAUUUUUUAUAAGCAUUUGUUUUUAUCAAGGCAUCCCGGUUACACAUACUCAGCUGCAGAGACUUUUGGAGGUACGGGUAGUCCGAUCCACAGUGGCGCUCUCACAGAAAUGUGGUUGCGCACACUCCAUUUCCUCCUGCUCCCGCCCUCCUUCCCCUCGGGAUAGCUGACCCUGUGUGGGAGUGAGUGUAGAGAAUUUUUGAUGAUGGGGUAUAGGUGGGGAGAUACAUGCCAAGUCCCAAGUCCCCUCCCCAUGCCCCUUUGGGGGCCACACAUUCCUCUCAGGCUACCCAAUAGGACUACCCCACAGAGGAUGCUGGCCAGCAUCCUGUGUUCAUGUCUCCUGGAUGUCAUAUAUUCUUCUAAAGGCAAGAAUUGGGGUGUCUGUGUGUUGUCACAUGGUCACUCAGCAAACCCUCCCUUGGGGGACACUCUGAGGGGCCACCAUUCUGCCUCUCCUGUCUGGAUGGGGUGACUCACACCGGGACAACCUGUUCUCUGUACUAUUGUGGUUUUUCUCUGGGGCACUGGAUGGUGGAAAUCAACGUGAGGGUCUUGAUGGACUCAGCUCCUGACCUUGUAAGUGACCUCAGGCCAGACUCUGGGCCUUAGUUUUACCCACUGCAAGUACCCCUUAGUUUUACCCCUUUCAGCUCCUCCCCACUCUGACCAGGGAGAUGGCACUCUUCCGGGUUCCUCGCUUGGCUCCUCCAUUCAUGCAUUUCUCCAAUGCGUAUUUAUUGAGUGCCUUGUAUCUGCCAGGGACCCAGCAUUGCCCGGGCCUUCCCAGGCUCGGCCUUGUCAUCUGUGACCAGUGCUAAAGGUGGAGCCCCCCAGAGCGCCCAUGUCCAGCAGUCAAACGGGAGCAACUCUGGAGAGGACGCGGCGAGGGGCGCGCCCCCUGGUGGCUGGACGAGGGAGGACAGGAUUAAAGGCAUCCCGUCUUGCUGGCCUCCACCAUUCUCGCCUACUGGCCCCCUGGUGCCCACUUCUCUCAUCACCGCGUGCCUUCCUCUGCUGGUCUCCACACAUCAGCAUGGCCCUUCUUGGUGCCAGCCCAACUGCCAUUACCAUUUCUCCCAGCAUCAACCUGAGUUGGUCCCCUCUGCCUCACUGUGGUGUGGGGUUAGAUCCAGGAAUGGGGGACUCCAGCCAUCUUGGCCUUGGAGCUCUGUGGGGCAGCCCUGCCACUGGCCCCAGAACCACCUGGGUGGGCUGGCCGUGGCCAGGUGCCUACUUGGGAGUGGACACUGGGAGAGGGCAGCACAGGCAGGCUGGUCGGUGGCAACGUCAGCAGUGAAUUCCUGGUUACUUUUUAGCUCUCUCUGUACAGAAAAAUCGUCUCUGGUACUAAUCAUGUAACAAUGGGCAAUAAACAUGUUGA